CUAUAAGUACCACAUGAAAGGCGGGCGAAGUUCUCAAUCGCUUAAAUUCCAGGGGGAGGAAGAUAGAACAAACAUAACGGUGACAUGAACACACAGCAUUGUGGAGGGUCAGCGCUGCACAUGUGUGGAGAUAUUCGUUGAAGAUGCUGGAGUAUGGGCGCCAGUUGGUCUGAACGUGACAUUGGAUGUGCUUUGUGACGAACCAUUGGAGAUGUGAUCUGAAUUUGGAAAGUGUGACAUUUUGGAACCAUUGGGAAGAUGUGAUACAAAUUUGGGGAGUGUUGUGAUUAUUUCAGAACCAUUGGAAAGAUGUGAUCCAAAUUUGUGAGGUGUCAUUUCAGAACCAUUGGGGAGAUGUGAUACAAAUCAGAAGUGUUGUGACAUUUCAGCACAGCAUUAAGAGAUGUGAUGUGGAAAGCGGUAAUGCUUCAGAUUUCUGGAGACAUGGCCACAGAACAUGUUAAUGGAAAUGGUACAGAAGAACCCAUGGACACCACUGCUGCAGUUACCCAUUCUGAACACUUCCAGACUUUAUUAGAAGCUGGUUUACCACAGAAAGUUGCUGAAAAACUAGAUGAAAUUUACAUAGCAGGUUUGGUAGCACACAGUGACCUAGAUGAGAGGGCAAUCGAAGCUUUGAAAGAGUUUAAUGAAGAAGGUGCACUGCAAGUUCUACUUCAGUUUAAGGAGAGCGACCUGUCACAUGUGCAAAAUAAAAGUGCCUUUCUGUGUGGAGUAAUGAAGACUUAUAGACAGAGGGAGAAGCAGGGGACCAAAGUCUCAGAUUCCAGUAAAGGACCAGAUGAAGCAAAAAUUAAAGCUCUGCUGGAAAGAACCAGUUACACGCUUGAUGUGACAACGGGUCAACGGAAGUAUGGCGGGCCUCCUCCAGAGUCUGUGUACUCAGGCCUACAGCCAACAAUUGGUACAGAGAUUUUUGUGGGCAAGAUACCAAGAGAUCUGUUUGAGGAUGAGCUGGUGCCCUUGUUUGAGAAGGCAGGACCUAUUUGGGACCUGCGUCUGAUGAUGGACCCCCUCAGUGGCCUGAACAGGGGCUAUGCCUUUGUCACUUUCUGCACUAAAGAGGCUGCACAGGAGGCAGUUAAGCUGUGUAAUAACAAUGAAAUUCGACCCGGCAAACACAUCGGAGUGUGCAUCUCUGUAGCCAAUAACAGACUGUUCGUCGGCUCGAUCCCCAAGAGCAAAACAAAAGAACAGAUUAUAGAGGAGUUUGCGAAAGUCACAGAGGGUCUUAACGACGUCAUACUGUACCAUCAGCCAGACGACAAGAAGAAGAACCGGGGCUUCUGCUUUUUGGAGUACGAAGACCACAAAACCGCAGCCAUGGCCCGCCGCCGGUUAAUGAGCGGGAAGGUGAAAGUGUGGGGCAACGUGACGGUGACGGUGGAGUGGGCAGAUCCCAUCGAGGACCCAGACCCUGAGGUCAUGGCCAAGGUGAAAGUUUUAUUUGUACGGAACCUUGCAAGUACUGUAACGGAAGAAAUACUUGAAAAGACCUUCAGCCAGUUUGGGAAGCUGGAGCGAGUAAAGAAACUAAAAGACUAUGCCUUCAUUCACUUUGAUGAGAGGGACGGAGCUGUGAAGGCGUUAGCUGAAAUGAACGGUAAGGACCUGGAAGGAGAGCACAUUGAAAUAGUUUUCGCCAAGCCCCCAGAUCAGAAGAGGAAGGAACGCAAGGCUCAAAGGCAAGCGGCCAAAACUCAAAUGUAUGAUGAUUAUUACUACUACGGCCCCCCUCAUAUGCCCCCUCCCACGAGAGGCCGAGGCAGAGGAGGCAGUAGGGGAGGCUACUCCUACGCCCCAGAUUACUACGGCUACGAGGAUUACUACGAUUACUACGGCUACGACUACCACAACUACCGCGGCGGAUACGAGGACCCCUACUACGGCUACGAUGACUUUCAGGCCCCAGGCAGAGGACGAGGGGGCAGAGGCGCCAGGGGCGCUUCCCCAGCUCGGGGCCGGGGGGCCGGCGCUCCCAGGGGCCGGGCCGGCUUCUCUCAGCGAGGGGGCCCCGGAUCGAGCCGAGGGACCCGCGGGGCCAGAGGAGGCACUCAAAGAGGCCGCGGGCAGGGAAAAGGGGUCGAGGCCGGUCCUGACCUGUUACUAUGAAGACUGACUUGCAAUGUGGGGUUACACCAGAAGCUGCCAAUGGAUGUGAUGGUAAGGUCCACACAAUGGUCCAAUGAUAUUCCAGCCUUACAGAAGCAUAUCUCCCUGACUGCCACCUUUUAAAAGAUCAUCAAUGGAGCAAAUUCAAGAUGUGUUACUUGCUUGGACUUUACAACAUAGUCAUAGGGAUUAUAAGCCUUGCAUUUAGCCAACUUGUCACCCGUUCUCCCUGUGUUUCCCUGCUCCCACCCCCAAAGAAUAUGCCAUUUUAAGAAGAAUCAACAUAUUCAGAUUUCCUAAAGGAAGCUCAUCCUGAAAUGAAAUGUAAAAUGUAUUUUGCACUUUGUCUUAGUUUGAAGUGGCUCAAAGGAGCUUGAUGCUAUUGUAUAUUUUUUGUGCUAAUUGCAGCUUUAUGUUGGAAUAUCCAUGUUAAUCUAAAUUGAUUUGGAUAGGUUUGAAAAGAAUGUUAGCAGGUUUUAGGUGUAACCACCUGGCAUGAAUAGUCAGGCAUUCCAGGAAACGGUUCUUUUCAGAACUUGUCUUUAAAGGGUUGGUUAACUACCUCAGUACAGAGGAUUGAACUGCCCUGUCUGUACUGUAAAUAGGGGAAAUGAUUUGAUGAAAGCAGGACCUGUUCCCAACUAAAUAUGCACAAGAGCAGCAGCAAAACAGAUGUACUUAAUGUAAUAUAGUCAUUUCGCUGUUGCUCUGACACUGCGAACAGUCAAACUGGGCAUGUAAAAUACUCUCAUAUGAUGAGCCUGAACAGGCCCUGCCUUCAUCCUAUUUGAACUGAAUUAGCUGCCUUGCUUCUUCAGGUGAUGUAGUUACUGGUUGUAUGAUAGUUUAGAAAAAUGUUACUUUUGUAAAAGCUCAGACACCGGAAAAGAAUCACAACUACUUUUGAAUAUCUCUGCAGUGUCCCUUUUUUCUCAAUGGAAGACAAUGUGUCUAACUUUUUUAUAAUACUAACUCAUCUUUUUUUAUUUUUUUAAGCUGCAUACACAAUUAUGUUCAAAAGCCAUCACAUUUCCAUUUAACGUUUCCCCUAAUCAUGUGCAACAUGAAUAAUCAUUAACAUCAAACCAGCUGCCUUUUCUGUCACGCUCGUUGAACGUGGCUAAGUUGUGAAUUCUCACCAUAUUGAGAAUGUGGUGGAAGCAGCAUCAGCCAGAGAAGACUGGUGGUUCACCAGUUCAAAGGGAUACUGCAGCUUUGAUUUUUAUUCCAUGAACUGCAAAAAAACAAAAAAACAACAAAAAAAACAACAAAAAAAAAACAACAAAAAAAAAAAACACGAAAGACUGAACAACUUAUCCGGUUUUUGUACACAGUUAACUCCCUCUCAGUACGUCUGUAUUAUUACAAACCUUUGAAAAGAUGUUACCAGUUUUAAACUAUUGUUGGUGGCCAACAACCGUUUUUGCAUUCCUGCAAAUAAAUUGUUUUAUACUGUAAGAUGAGGUGAGUGUAACUUAUUUUUGUAAUAAAGUUUUUGAUUUUUA